AUGAUCGCCCGAGUUGUUGUUGUUGGUGUUGAAGAGGAUGAUGAAGAAGAGGAUGAUGAAGAAAAUAAUGGUCGAAUACUGACCAUCGAAUCGCUCCCACUAAGACUUCCGGCACGCACCUGGACGGCACCGGAAGUUGACCCCGACGUGACUUCUCAACCCGUCGAGCCAAUCAAAAAUCAUCACGUGAUCUACAUUACCAGGAUCUAUUUUGUGUAUGGAGCAUCACACGUUGAACUGAUUGGUGCCCAGGACUUCCUACCCGAUUACGUCAACACCUCCUACUGCAACUGUGUGUGUGCGCCCCACCCAAAGUAA